CCGGGAGUGGAGGACUUCGCGGCUUCAAAGGACCUCGGAGUCAAAGCUUCUUCCGCCCUGGCCUGACCACAGCUCAGAGGAUCUGUUGCAGUCAUGUCCGCAGCGAUUGCAGCUCUAGCUGCUUCUUAUGGUUCGGGUUCAGGGUCCGAAUCGGACUCGGACAGUGAGGGCAGUCGGUGUCCGCUGCCAGCCGCCGACUCUCUCAUGCACUUGACCAAAUCACCUUCAGCAAAACCCUCUCUGACAGUGGCGGUGGACUCGGCUCCGGAGGUGGCGGUUAAGGAAGAUUUGGAGACUGGAGUUCACCUUGACCCUGCUGUCAAAGAAGUUCAGUAUAAUCCUACCUAUGAGACCAUGUUUGCUCCCGAGUUUGGACCAGAAAAUCCCUUUAGAACACAGCAAAUGGCUGCUCCUAGAAAUAUGCUUUCUGGAUAUGCCGAGCCAGCGCAUAUCAAUGACUUCAUGUUUGAACAGCAGAGAAGAACGUUUGCUACAUACGGCUACGCACUGGACCCUUCGCUGGAUAGCCAUCAAGUGUCCGCUAAAUACAUCGGCUCUGUAGAAGAAGCUGAAAAGAAUCAAGGUCUAACUGUAUUUGAAACUGGUCAGAAGAAAACAGAAAAGAGGAAAAAGUUCAAAGAAAAUGAUGCAUCUAAUAUUGAUGGUUUCUUGGGACCGUGGGCAAAAUAUGUGGAUGAAAAAGAUGUAGCCAAGCCUUCAGAAGAAGAACAAAAGGAAUUGGAUGAAAUCACAGCGAAGAGGCAGAAGAAAGGCAAACAGGAAGAGGAGAGGCCUGGGGAGGAGAAGACAAUCUUACACGUUAAAGAGAUGUUUGACUAUCAAGGCAGGUCCUACCUUCACAUACCUCAGGAUGUUGGUGUUAAUCUACGGUCAUCUGUGCCACCUGAAAAAUGUUAUCUUCCCAAAAAACAAAUUCACGUGUGGUCUGGACACACAAAGGGUGUCAGUGCGGUCAGGCUGUUUCCUCUUUCUGGACAUUUGUUGCUGUCUUGUUCCAUGGACUGUAAAAUUAAGCUAUGGGAAGUUUAUGGAGACCGGCGCUGUCUAAGAACAUUUAUUGGUCACAGUAAGGCCGUGAGAGACAUCUGCUUCAACACCGCAGGCACCCAGUUCCUCAGCGCGGCCUAUGACCGGUACCUGAAGCUCUGGGACACCGAGACGGGACAGUGUAUAUCAAGAUUUACAAACAGAAAAGUACCCUAUUGUGUCAAGUUCAAUCCUGAUGAAGACAAGCAAAAUCUCUUUGUGGCUGGGAUGUCUGACAAAAAGAUCGUGCAGUGGGACAUCCGCAGCGGAGAGAUUGUCCAGGAGUAUGAUCGGCAUUUGGGAGCUGUCAACACCAUUGUUUUUGUUGAUGAGAAUCGAAGAUUUGUGAGUACAUCUGACGAUAAGAGCCUAAGAGUUUGGGAAUGGGAUAUCCCUGUGGAUUUUAAGUACAUAGCAGAGCCCAGCAUGCACUCAAUGCCUGCAGUGACUUUGUCUCCAAAUGGGAAAUGGCUCGCAUGCCAGUCAAUGGAUAACCAAAUCUUAAUUUUUGGAGCCCAGAACAGAUUCAGAUUAAAUAAGAAGAAAAUUUUCAAGGGUCACAUGGUAGCAGGCUAUGCUUGUCAGGUCGACUUCUCGCCAGACAUGAGCUAUGUGAUUUCAGGAGAUGGAAAUGGAAAACUAAACAUUUGGGACUGGAAGACCACAAAACUCUACAGUCGGUUUAAAGCCCACGAUAAAGUGUGCAUAGGUGCAGUGUGGCAUCCCCAUGAAACAUCCAAGGUCAUCACGUGUGGCUGGGAUGGCCUCAUUAAAUUGUGGGAUUAAUGCAAUUAGUCCUUUCACAGUCUGGGAUCAUUUUUGAUCCAGUGUCAUAUUUAAUAUUUAAUUAUUAAAAUGUGUUGGAUGACAA